AUGCUGAUUCUACAUCCCAGGAAUUUUGCACCUUUGAGACCUAUCCAACUGCUUAGGGUACGUGGCAGGAUAGUUGCCAGUCGGCUGUCAUAUCGAGGUUCAGUGAGAGGUACGUCAAACAAUGCUGAAGAGAAGGCUUUAAACACAUCUGUAUUCACAGUUCCAAACGUUCUCACGAUGACAAGGAUAGCAUGUACUCCGUUUAUUGGACAUUACAUUUGGACGAAUAACCUGACACCGGCACUGGGACUGUUUGCGUAUUCAUGCUUGACAGACUUCCUGGAUGGCCAUAUAGCGAGAAAGUACAAAUUGAAGUCCGUUGCAGGCACGAUAUUGGAUCCCAUCGCGGAUAAGCUGCUGAUGAUUGUCACUACGAUAUCUUUGGCAGUUCCACCGGGACCGCAAUUGAUCCCGUUGCCGAUCGCGGGACUCAUACUGGGCAGAGAUGUGUUAUUGGGAUUGAGUGCUCUAUAUUUCCGUUAUGCAUCGAUGAGACAGAAAUAUAGGAAGAUCUCUUGGGCUUCCUACUGGGAUUUUUUUCACUACCCAAGCGCUGAAGUUAAGCCAACAUUGAUAUCCAAGUAUAACACUUUGUUCCAAAUGGUAUAUCUAGGGCUUGGUGUUUUGGUUCUGAUCCUGAAGAACAGAGAGGAGGAAGAGGAGCGAGGAAAUGAAGCUGUCAGUUCGAAGUCGCUGGCGGAAUGCUUCGAAUGGAUGGGCUACUUAGUGGCCAUCACGACAAUCUUCAGCGGUGGCUCGUAUGUCUUCAGCAGAGAUGCUGUGAAAUUUCUCAAGAAAUAA